AUGGAAGACGGAUCUCAAAAUUUCAAUGAAAAGUACGGUGUUGCGGCGGCCGACCACGACGCUCCGAGCUCUGGCCAACCCGUCUCUAAUUCAUGGCGAGACGAGCCCCUGACAGCUGCCGAAUCAUCAAAAGUCACCGAGAUUCUCCAAGCAUGCAAGAACGGCGACAGAGAGCAAAUAGCAGCGCUUGCCACGUCCUUGGGCGGUCUCAUUGAGGACCAUGUCAGACGUAUCGCCUGGCCCAUACUGCUGGGCAACUCUUCUGCCGAUGCCGGUCAUACGGAUGAUUGGCAAAACCUGCCUGUACAUCGAGAUGAAGAGCAAGUCAAGCUUGAUGUUCACCGCGCUUUUGUGUACUAUCCCACUGGCGAAUCAGAGAAGCAGAUCGAAGGCCGUAAACACGAACUCUCGGACCUUAUCACUGGUCUACUACGCCGGCAUCCGUGCCUGCAUUACUUCCAGGGCUUCCACGACAUUGCGCAAGUGCUUUUGCUUGUGCUUGGCGCUGACCAGGCUGCACCUCUCCUGGCCCGCCUGUCUCUUCUGAGAAUCCGAGACUACAUGCUUCCAACCUUUUCUGCCAGUGAAUCACAUGUGCAGCUUCUGCCGGCAAUAGUCUAUGCUACUGAUCCGAAACUUUGCCAGCAUCUGGCUAGACUGCAGCCAUAUUUUGCCAUUGCUGCAACUCUGACCCUUUAUGCACACGACAUCGAAGAAUAUGGCGGUAUCUCUCGGCUGUUCGACUUUCUUCUGGCACACGAAGCUGUGAUAUCAGUCUACAUGUACGCGACAAUCAUUAUGACCCGGAAAAAGGAGCUUAUGGAGUUCGAGGCUGACGACGAAGACAUGAUGUACGCAAUCUUGUCCAAGUUACCCAAGCCGCUGGACAUCGAAGCCCUCAUCACAAGAACGACUUCACUAUUUGCGAAACACCCGCCAGAGACACUCCCGUUCAAGGCAUGGCGUAAAGUGUCAAGCUACAGCGUUUUGAAGACCACACGUGACCCCAACGCACUUUCCAAGCAGACGCUUCAGGAAGGUGAACUUCUUCAUGCCAAACAUGCAGCACAGAUCAAGCGUCAGGAAACACUUCAGAAGAUGACUGCUCAGUCGCGCUUGUUGGCCUAUCGAUACCGCAAGCCUGCUGGAGCAUUCACGGUCGCGAUUGUCAUCGGAGUCCUCUCGCUAUGGCUAGGCAGAAGCGGAAAUGGUUCUUCCGCAUCAUCAUUGGCUAUGGUACUUGACGCUAAGGACAAACUAUUGUGGGUCUUCAGUAAGACUUGGACAGGUCUCCGGCUGUGA